GGGGGCGGGGCCGGCAUCGCGGGGGCCUUGGCCCGGGGGGAGGGGCCUGGGGGCCGCUGCCGGGAUCUGGCUCGCUCCUUUUAUGUCCAUGUUGAGCCAGAGAAGCAUUUGGCUCCAGUCCAGGAGCCUGGAGCUCCCCCAGCCCGGCCGAGGCAGCUGGAGCGAGAGCAGGCCCGGCCGCACUACAGGCAACGCAGGGGGUAGGGGGCGGCCUGGACCCACACACCCAUCCCUGCCAUCGUGCACCGGGCUGAGCCCUGCUGGGCUCCCACCCCAGCCCCAGCCUGCGGCCCCCACAGAAGAUGCUUCUCUCGGGUCCCCGGGGCCGGGGUGGCAGCACCACCCAUGUCUGCCUCGAAGCUGCCCCAUCCUGGCCUUGGCCCCUGCCCCUCCGCCCCGGGGCCGAGGCUGCUGCGGUGGUGCCGGCUGGGCUGGGCUGGACUUUCCCGCGGCAGGGGGGGCAGCCCCAGCGGGUAUCGCUGCUCACGGCUGGGAUGAGCUGACACCCAGUGGGAAGGCGGCGCAGGCCGGCGUGGGCGUGGGCGACUGGGUGCUGAGCAUCGACGGCGAGAACGCUAGCGCCCUGACCCACAUCGAGGCGCAGAACAGGAUCCGCGCCUGUGGCGACCGCCUCAGCCUCAGCCUCAGCAGAGCCCAGAACCUCGUGGGGAAGCCACAGAAGGUGCACAGCCCUGACAAGGUCAGUGCCCACCCCCUGGAGGUGCGAGCUCAGGCCCAUGAAGACCCCCUGAGCACCCUGGGCCAGUCCUACCUGGAGGACAAGCACUCGCUGCGGCUGGAGAGCCCCCCGGGCGUCCCCCACAGCGACUCCAGCAAGAAGCGGCUGAUUGAGGACACGGAGGACUGGCGGCCCCGCACUGGCACCACCCAAUCCCGCUCCUUCCGCAUCCUGGCCCAGCUCACGGGCACAGAGUUCAUGCAAGACCCUGAUGACGAGCUUGCUAAAAAGUCCAGAGAAAAGUUUUUCACGGAGCUGCAGAGCCCGCGCUACACCCGCCUGCGCGACUGGCACCACCAGCGCUCGGCCACCUCCCUCCACGUGUAGUCGUGAGGGCCACGCUCCCCACGGCCCAGCCCUGGCCACAGCUGCACCGGCAUCACCGCCCUGGCCUCUUGCCCUGCGGGGACGCUUGGCACACGGUCACUGCUCAGGCGCUGUGCGGAGGGGGUGGGGGCUUGGCCCGGCAUGGCCUUGAGCCAGCCCAAGAGCUGUUGCCCACGGCCGCCAGAGGGGAAGGCGGCCCCCGGGCCAGCUGUUCUGCUCUCCCUGUGGCCAUGGCCUGGCGGGCAGAGCCCUCUGCCCCCUGGCACCUGCCACACUGGGCAGGCGGCUGGCAGAGCCCCGGGGCCUUUCCCCAAUCCCUUUGUGCUGAUGCCCCCAGCCAGCCAGAGGGGCCACGGUGUAGGGGCCCUGGCUGGCAGGUCCCACGUGGCCUGGGGCAGCCUGGCCCAGCUGCACCAGUGUUUUGUAGUCCAAUAAACGUUCCCGUCCGCA